CCUGAUUUGAUGUCUUCCUAGAAUAGGUGUUAGGAACCAUCUAUGGCUUUUUGGUAAAUGGCCCUUUUUGGUUGAUUAAUUCAUAGGAUAAAGAAUUUUUGUUAGGGUUUUGAUCAAUGGGUUCAUCUUCUGGGUUUUUUGUCAUCUGUAUUCUCCAUUCUAUGGUAGCUCUUACAUUUGGGGCUUUGUUGAUGUUCUCCACCAAGGAUGUGACUGUGUUUGGAUAUGGCAGAGAUAUAGCAAGCAAGCUUCAUGGAUCAACACUUCAUGAUCAACUUUUGAUCCAAACAUCAAGAUCAUUUUCUGGGUUGCUAUUGUUUGCAAUUGGGGUUGUGCUAUUCAUGGUAGCGUUUGUCAAGGACAGAGAGUUCCAGAGCUUCUUUGCCAAAGGAUUUGUUCUUCUCCAUCUUUCAAUGGCUAUCUGGAGACUCUGUUUUGAAAGGAAGAUUGAAGAUCUUGCUGGUGAAUGGGCAAAACAAGCUGUGGGGGAUAUUGCUUUGGCACUCUCCUGGGUUUUCUUUCUUGUUUACUCAUGGAGGGAGAAGUAUGACUAGCAAGGGGAAAGAAAAUUGGGAUUCUUUUUUCCAGGAUGAUCCUUUUGGGGACAUUAUAGGGGAAUUUGAACCAAAGGUCUAGAAUUUACUUGGUUAGCCAAGUGAGGAUUUUUCCCUUGUUUGCUCCAAAAUUUGCAGUAAAUCUUGAAGCUUCAA